AUGGGGAUUAUGCUUCAAGUUAUUCUAGGAAUGUUUCAAUUCCUGCUGCUCACCAGAAUACCCACGUCCCAUGCCAAGGUAUGUAUAGGCCGAUGAAUUUUACUCCAUUGACUGCAUGUUUGAACUGGUCAGAUGGCCUUCAGCUAUUGAGCUUCUGCAGAUUUAUUCCCAGUUUGUAUCCAUAAUCACUUGAUAAGCACGGAGUGAUAUAGAGGAGGAGGAACUAGAGGGUUUGGUGAGAGCCACGAGGGACUUUGAUGAACUUAUCCUUUUGGUCCAAAACACCUGACACUUCAGGUCGAGUGACACAAAUUUCACAAUUUUUGAGUGUUCAGUAUUUACUAUUCAACCUACCAAUAAGCUGGAGAAUUCAUCCAGUUUUUGGGCUGCCAGAUUGUGAGAAUACUUUUCCAUCAUAGCCCUUGACUUGGUCUUUCCUUGGACCAACAAAUGAAGAAGAUCCACUCGCUUUUUCAACAGCAGAUCCUGAAAUUUAAUCAUUGGUAUCAUAAAAGAUGCAAAAAUGUUUGCAAAUACACUUACUCGCCUUCUUGAAGGAAGUUUGUGGUGAAUUACCCCUUUUGGCAGCUCAAGAUCCAAAAUACUUAACUAUCACUAAAACUGAGGGAUCUGCUUUCCUGGAAGUAAAAUAAAUCUUUAUUCACCUCUAAAUAUCAUAUAUUUCAAGUUUUAUUGGGUCUCAGUCAAUACUAAACAACAUUUAAAACAUUAAGGGGACAACUCUCAAGUGUAAGUUCUCGCUGGUUGCCAGGCUUAGAAAUUAGUCUGCACAUAACCUGAAAAAGUGUAUAUGUUAACGUAUAGCUUUUUUUAAUUGAUUGAAAUAAGUAAUAGCAUUAAAGUUUGGAAGCAGAAGAAAUACUUGUGACCUGAUUUUUCUUUUUUAGUUUCAGAGAGUCAAGCGAGUUGUUUCCUGAUGUUUUAAUAAUAAUGCAUCAGAUUUCAUAUAGCACUUUAUCAGAGACCCUCAAAGCGCUUUACAUUGGAAACAUCAUUCAUUCACUCACACAGUCACACCUCGGUGGUGGUAAACUACCUUAGUAGUCACAGUUACCCUGGGGCAGACUGACAGAAAUGUGGCUGCCAGUUUGCGCCAGCACUCACAAUCAUUCACCAGUGGAGGACACACACUGGGAGCAAGGUGGGAUAAGUGUCUUGCCCAAGGACACAAUGGACAGACUCAGGAUAGAGGGGAAUCGAACCGUCAACCUUUCGGUUAUUGGAUGACCACACUGCCUCUUGAGCUACUGCCAUCCCAAGCCUUUUGCUAUGCCUAGCUAGCUCAGAGAACUGCAAGUAGCCUCAAUACUCUCGCCAUAUUAUUCUAGUAAAAUAACUUAAUUUUUCUAGAGCUAUGAGCUGCUGAUCAGGACCAGUCCCUCUACUUGCUAAAAGACAAACUAGCCUAAAAAGGUUGGGCCAUGCGUAGGAUUUAUUGAGAACUUGCAAACCAAAAUAUGACCGCUUAUUGGCAUUGAUAAAGCCAUUAAAAGGCGAUACUAAGCAUUAUAACAUAAUUUCUAAUUAUGUGGAGCACUUUUUCAAUUUUAUAUUAAACUUUUCUGGAAGUACUGCCCAGCAGUAUAGAAAUUGGGUCAAUUUUUGUACUUUGUUUUUGUGUCUUUUUGAAGUUUUAACCAAUUUUUGUGUAUAGACUCUAAUCAGUGUACUUCGAAAACCCGCAUUUCAGUCGUCAUAAAUGAAUAAAAAAUGACUGGUGUCCUCAAUUUGACACCUGGAUUACACACACACACACACACACACACACACACACACACACACACACACACACACACACACACACACACACACACACACACACUUAGAUGAGCUGCAUGUGCUGGUUUCUUUUAUUUAUGUCUGGAGACUUGUAUCAGGAACAGGCCGUGCUCUGCAGCAAUGUGGGAUUCAGCCCUGACUGUGUUACUGUGUGCUUGAAUGAUGCAUCAUUGUAGACGCUACAUAGCAACACGCAUCAGAAAAGCGUCCUCACCUUCUCACAGCUGCAGGCUCUCACCCGAGACUCUCUACUCUCAUGCCGUCUGUCAGCACAUUUCAAAAAGGGGUCAUCCUUUUUAUAUCCAGUGAUGAAGAUCUGCGGGGGAGAGACGGUGUGUAGUUGUAGGGCACGCUCACACAUAGAAACACACUCUAUUCCCAUCUCCACAGUGUGCUUCUAUGUGGAAACUGGGAGUUAAACAGAAGACAAUACCAGUGCAGAUGGCACUGGGUUGGCACCCACAAGUGUGUGAGUUUGUGUGCCAAGUCUUUGCUAAUGUGGCAGCCAAAAGGAGGUAAUCUCAUCCCCAUCAAAAAGACAGACAGAAAAGACACACUUACUUAAUCUCACAUGCUAGCAGUCACAAAAUGGCCUCAGUCCCAGCUAAACUCAGAAAUAGUGUUGGCCUAACUAGUUUGUGUGUACGUGUGUGUCUCUGUGUGUGAGUGAGUGAGAGAGAGUAGUUUAAAGGGGGUGGAGCAGUCAAAAGGGGGCAAAUGGACAAAGUCUACAUUCCCUUACAAGUGGCCUUGGUCGUCACAAACAUACACACGCGCACACUAAGCAAUAAGCGUGACACAGCUGUAAAAUUCAGUCUCACUAUCAUGAUUUCCCAGAAUGUAACGAUUAUUCAUUAGACUUACCACUGAUAUAAAAAAAACUACAAAAUGGAAGUCGAGUUUUCAGGAACCUUUUCAUCAGAGCAGAGUAAUGGGGUUAUUUGCUGUAAUUGCGCUCAGUCAGUAAGUAAUAUCCUGUGGCUUAUAAGGAAUUACAGAUAAUGAAUUCCGCUGCCUGAAUCUUUAAGAAGUAUGCUCAUAAUAUGCUCUGCGGAAGAGGAGCUUGUUUAACUACUUUCAUGUAGUUUAGUCCAGUCCUGUGGUUUUCCAAUUCAGAGUCGGGGCCCCUAGGAGGAGUCACAUCUGAGGAAUAAGAUGAUGGGAAAUUCUCUUUCAACUUUUCAUCAAUGUUUGCUUUUAUUAUUUAUCAGACAGUCAUUUAAUGAAUCCAUCUGAGAACUUGAAAACAUCUGGAACAAGAUAAGAGUGUUAAGCGAUAGUGUUGGUUUGAAAAAGGUCUUAAAGGGAUAUUUUGGAUGUAUAAAAUUAAUUUAGGGUCAAACACAUCGCAACACCGAGUUAGACACCCCCUCGAGAGAUGAAUGUUGCCGACUGCUCCGCUUACUUAUCUAGUUAUACCAACUUUCGUAACGACCGCACGAUAGCAAUACACAGCGGUCUGAAGAGCCACACACAGACCUCAACCAAAACGCCACUCUAUAGCCACAAAUAAUGCUCAGAACAGCACCUAACUUCAUCAGUACAUAUAGGGUCCCAGCCACAGCACUAGCCACCAAACCUUUAAACUUUUCUUAAUUCCUUUAGCAAAGAGACUAAACACAACUCACCUACUCUCAUUCAGCAGCCGUUUGUUUGUAGCCAGACCUUGGGCAAAUCCAUUACAGACUGCUGCGGGGUGACGCACACAUUAUUUCUUCAUGGAAAUGCGAUCAGACCAAGACGCUAAGGCAGAAGAACUACCACGUCUACAGUGCAUAAUGAUUAAUAUGGUGAUUAUUAUUUAAAGGAAAUGAUAAAGUAAUGAUCAUAAAUGUUCUUCCUUGAGCUGCGUCACCCCGCUGUAGUCUGUGCUUUACUUUGGGAACUGGUGCAAUAUUUCAUCACGUGUAGACAUUUUUAAGGCUGAUGUCCCCUCUAGAAAUCAAGUGUCAGUGUUUUUGUGGUGUCCUUUCGCCAAGUGUCUGGCUGUGAGCUUGAUUUUGUAACCAAACAGUAGUUCAAAAUACUUGUUUUUUUUGGGUAAACUUUAAACCAGAUGAUGUUAAUUAUUUUUUAAAGAUUAAAAUUUGGCCUCAUUUGGACAGGACAGCUUGAGAAAGACAGGACAUGAUGAGAGAUGGGGGGGAAUGACGUGCACCAAAUCUUGCAGCGACUGGAAGUAGAUCCUGUACGUUAAGGACUGCCUCCUCAUAUGAGGCGUGCUUGGACUGCUAGGCUUGCAGCGCCCUGUGUCUCUAACUAUGUGGCCACAUUUCCUAGGGUCAGAGAAUGAACCAGAUAGGAAAAAGUUCUAAAAGCAUGAACUUACUCACUGGAGCUUUAAUUCUAUUAUCACUAUACACAACUUUUAGUAUAGCUGUUGCAUGAUAGUGAUAUCACACCAGGAGUUGCUAAAAAGGAAAAAAAAAUCUGUCAGUGCCAGACUGGAUGUUUUGAAAUAUUCUACAAACCACUGAUAAAUUCAUCACACUUAUAAUGAGUCAGUUCCUGCUGCACACCAUCUGUAAUAAUUUACCGCAUCAAAUCAGGCGGCAAAACCUUUUACUAUCUUCCUGCAGGCCUACUGAGAGGGUUUUAAACACUGUAAUCAGCUGAUAGAAAUGAGGGUAAAGGUAGCAGGUAGAACAUUUCUAGCUAAAGACCCACAGGGACUCAUGGGCUAUGUUUGUUCAGGAAACAUUUCAUAACACAGACUUAAACGAUGUGUAUUUGUUUGAUCAAACUACUGCACGUCUGCUCCCAUAAUCAGAUCCAGUUUUGUUGAAUCUUUUUCGUAUAUUGUCGUUGAUGAGAAGUCUUUCACUCUUUCAAUGUUGGUAAGACACUAGAGGAGAUCUGAGGAUGCUACUUUGGGUUCUAGGAAAUCGUGAUGAUUGUUUCCUCCAAAAUUUCGACAUUCAAGAGGCUCAACGAUAAAUUUUCCACUAAACUGUCAGUGUACAAAUAUUUAACAGGUUAACUGAUGACAAUUAGUGAAGUCUCAGUGUACUCUGACUACAUUUAUUGAAUUUACUCUCAGUUUAGUUGAGUGAUGUUUUGUUUUCCUGUCAAGAGGUGGAGUAUACUUGGAUAGAUUUCAGCCUUUUUUGAAUGAAAUUUUUUACAACUUUCUUAUUUAACAUUUCUAUAUGCUGCAAAAAUUCAUGCUAUAAAUAAGAGUGAUUGACCACAAGUACACUUGAGCCAUCUUGGGACAUAACUGUUUCCUUUAGAUAAGGCUCCCAUUGAUUUUUCAGUUUUUUUUUUGUCAUAACUCUAGUUUGCUGAAUCUAAAUUUGAUGUAGCCAAUUACCUUGAGUAGAAAUAUAUUGAGACAGUACUUUUCACACUCACUCUUUCGUUUUUCUCUUCAACCCCCCUCAUCACAGCUCGCUCACUGGCGGCCAGCAGACUCCCCAAAAUCCAGGGAAGGUCGAGAAGGUAUGCGUCCUGUUACUGAAAGGAUCCCCGCUCUAUUUCAAAGGUAACAAAUUGUAUUUUGAUUUGUGUAUGUGCGUCUCUUCCAGUGCGGCGGUGGUUGGAGGUUUAUUCACGAAGUGGCUGUGAGCCUCGGGACACUCUGGUGGAGGUUUGGCGGGAGUUGCCCGGGGAGACGCACCAUCUCUUUGUCCCGUCCUGUGUGUCAGUGAGGCGAUGUGGUGGCUGCUGCUCAGACGAGGCCCUGGAGUGUGUACCCCUGCUCACUCAUACGCUCACAAUGGAGGUACACACACACACACACACACACACACACACACACACACACACACACACACACACACACACACACACACACACACACACUCACACACACACACACAGACUCGCCAGCCUGCGUCAUUGUGAUUGAGUCAUGUUUUUCAAUGAGAUGAUCUUAAUGUAAUAUUUUAUCUGAUCUGUCUACAGCUGAUGAGAACCUCUUUUAUGAGACAUGAGCUUGUCGAGCUGCCUUUCAAUGAGCACAGCCAGUGUGAGUGCAGGUAAUACAAUACUCUAUCACUGUCUGUAUUCAAGGAUGUGAUCUUCACUGACCUCUCCUCUCCUUGACACUGACACUGUCUGUUUCAUUUGUGUGUAGAUUAAAAGAAGAAUUGAGGCUAACACCUACAACAAGGUAACACACAGCAGUUUUCUCAUUUCACUCUGAAAUGUUUCCUUUAUUUUCUCAUCUUAAUCUUUUUGAUUUCCUGUUUAUGAUUGCGUGUGAGCGAGCCACAGUUUUGACAUUUCAAGAUGAAUCAUCUCUAAUGACUCUCAGAAGCUCUCUCUGUUUAUCCACAUCCACUAAUGACUGUCUUACAAUUCUGCUGAUGGUGUUUUUGAUUGAGAGAGGGUAUAGUCAGGGGACUGAUUCUGUCUGAAAUGGUUUGUUUCAACCCCAGUAGCUGUAAGGUGCUUGUCAGGUUCUUGCUCCAGAAGUCAUUUUCAGGAGAUGGACCAUUUGGAUACCCCUCCUUCCAGCAGAAGUGCAGCAUAAAGAAAAUGUCCUUGUUUGGUUUCCAGUUAUGAGAGAAACCAACAGAUUUACCUUUGUUUGAGAGGAAGCUUUGCUGGUUGCAUUCGAUUCUUGUUAGGGGCUACUUUUUAUGCAUUGCCAUCACCUUAGAACCUGAAACUUCCAUCAUGCCCGUUGUAUGCAGAGGCAGCAAAUUUCAGUCAGAGAAGGAGAAAACAGGUGGAGUUAAAGUCGGACGCUUUUUAAUCAGGCACAAGUCAGGCCAACCAAAGAGUGCCAAUAAAUAGGAGAUGCAGUUGGAUUUCAAAGGAGACCAUUGGUACAACACUUAUUUGAGGCCAGGCACAGAUUUAAGGUUGACCAGUCAGUGUUGAAUUUAUUACACUGGAAUGACGGUGCCCUAAAAUCGUGUCUCAAUGAGAAAGUUGAAAGUGACAGAGAUGUGAUAGUUUCUCAUUUUACUGGAGUAACAAAAUUUUCUGCAAGUUGAUUUAAACGUCUGACUCAUAGUCAUAAAGCAAUUUAUAAAAAUGGUGGAAAGCUGUUGAGAGUAGAAAUCUGUAACACUUGGGUUAAUAUGUAAACAAGAAAAGCUCUCUGUUAAGGUAGUAUUUGGUCGAACACUGUGACAGGAAGGUUUCAGCUGUGUCCCUGAUGUUUGUGUACCUCUGACCACACAAUCACAUGAUUGCAUCUUCAAUGUUUAUGUCCCUCUGCUUCCUGUUAGGAUGUGGACAUAAAUAAAGGAUUCCUAUGUAUGUGUGUCCUUUAUCCAGUACGUGGUUCAUGUGUCUGUGCGGCUGUGUUUGGUUUCGCUCUAUCUCUACAUGUAUCGUGUACAUUCCCCAUGUGUUGUUAUUAUUAGUGCGUGUGAAAGUUUUUAAUUGUGUGUGAGCAUUUGUUUCUGUGUGUUUAUAUGCGUGCGUGUGUGUUUGCCCCUGAGUAAGUUAGCAUCUGUGUGACUCUCUCCCAGCAUCCCCUGGGACUGCCCGCAUCCUGUUGUCACCAUAGUGAUGAUCUUAUCUCCCCCUGCCAUGUGCUCUUGCAGAGUCUGACAGAGCAGAGUCACGAACCAUGAUAGAAAAAAACAGCAGCACCAGCAGCAGCAGAGCAGAGCACAGCGUUAAUGAUGUCGAGCUAAGCUGGUGAACACUGUUUCCAUAAUUUGAUAGAGUUUAAUGCAGUUUGCAGCAGACAGGAUUAGAAGAAAGAGACAGCAAAGUCAAACAAGGACAGACACUAAUGCAGUGCUGACAGUUAUGCUGAAUCGGAAAUCGUGACUUUUAUUCCAAGUUUUUGGAGACUGUCUCUUCUUCCUACAAGACUAAACUCAUGCCACUGCUUUCAGAUUUCUAUUUUGGGUCUUUUAUGCCUUUUUUUUUGGAAAGAGCAGCUGAGAACAAACUUAAAGUUUUAAAGAAAGGAAGAGAGAGGAGGAGAAGGAGAAAUGCAUCAACAGGUCAAAACCAAGUGAAACCUGCAAAUGAUGGCCUGCAAUACUGAUUCUGCAUUUGCAGUGAAACACACUGUAACAUCGAGUUAGACACCCCCUCGAGAGAUGAAUGUUGCUGAAUACUUGCUUCUCUAGUUAUACCAACUUUAGUAACAACCGCAUGAUAGCAAUACACAGUGGUCUGAGGAACAAUUAACAAACCGCAACCAAAACUCCACUCUAUAGUCACAAACUAUGCUCAGAACAGCACCUAACUUCAUCUAAGGUCUUAGCCACAGCACUAACCACCAAACAAAUUUUUAACUUUGACUAAUCCCUUUAGCAAAAAUACUAAACACAACUCACCUACUCUCAUCCAGCAGCCGUUUGUUUGUAAUGAAACCUCGGGCCAGUCCAUUACUGACUGCUUCGGGGUGACGCAGCUCAAGGAAGAACAUUUAUGAUCAUUUCUUCAUGGAAAUGCGAUCAGACCAAAACGCUAAGGCAGAAGAACUACCGCGUCCGCAGUGCAAAAUGAUUAAUAUGAUGAUUAUUACUACAAGAAAUUGAUAAAGGAAUGAUCAUAAAUGUUCUUCCUUGUAACAACUGCAGGAGUUAAUUUCUUACAUUUAAACUUUAAUGUUGUAAAUAUUGAUAAUGUUGGAAAAAGUCAAAAGUCAGUGUUGAGGAGCAAGAACAAAAUCUUUCACAUUAUCUGUUGCUGCAGAUUAAGAGUGAAAAGUCUGCUAAAGUUGCCAAAAGCACUGAUAAAGUGGAUAUUAAUGUUGAAGAUUCAAGAUUAAAACAACUGUAUGAAUCCCAGAAGGGUGAUUCAGUUUUGCAGCCUACCAAAUAAAUUAAACUAACAGGUCAACACUGUCAACUCCAGCAUUCAGACAUUUUAUUCCAGGGAGCUGUGUCAUAUACAGCAGAUUACAGCAACAGGCCAAUUAACCAAUUACUGCUGCCGAUGUUUAGCAGCAUGAUUGCACAGGGAACAAAAGCGCGUCAGUAUCUUUUUUCCCUCUCCGAUGGCAUUUAAAGAGAUGAGAUUAGGGAUUGGGACCUACUGAUUUAUGAUUCUUUUGGCUCUUUGGUCUACCUUUUUAUUUUUCUUGAGGGAACUCGAGUCUUUUUGCUGAGGUCCAACAACAUUCAAAACUUUAUACAAGAACAUCUACUCUGUGUGAAGCUCAGUUUAAAGUCAGACCCUAUUGUGAAGAUUUAUUUAGGUUUUUAAAAGUGCCAAAAUGUUUGCUUGAUGUGAUUACUAAAGAGCUUAGCAUUUGUGAAAAAACACUGCUUUGUGAAUCAUCAUGAGACUCUUGCAUUAACUGUUUAAUUUCUCAAUAAUUUAUUGAAGAUAUAAAACCCAAUAGUCAUUUUGUAAAGCCGUUUAUUUUGAAGUAAAAGAAGUCAACAACAUUCUCAAAUGUCAAAAUAAGUUAUUUGGAUUUUUGCUUUAACUAAAGACAGAAACAGUAUUGACAAAACCAGACUGUGAAUCAGAAACUGUCAGUUAAAAGAAUAAGUGAAGAAGCAAACUUCUAAAUAGACCAUGCAGCACACUGGGAUCAUUUCAGGAUGCUUUUAAUGCAUUCACACACUCAGGAAGACUGAUUUCAGUUUGAUGUCAAAGAGUCUAAUGUGUGUCUGAUAUUCACAGGCCCUUAGUGAAGCCACCAAGAAAAGACAAGAAAAAAAGAAGAGGGAAACCCAGACAGAAGACACCUGGAGCCACCAGAGCUGUGUACGUAUGACUAUCGGUUGACAUGUGUGAACGCUUCAACUUGGUUACAAGCCUUUGAUUGUUUUUGUGUGUGUGUGUUUUUCUAGAUACUGUCAGCGUCAGUGUGAAUGUUUGGAUUACAGAGAAAAACUAGGUUAUCAGGAUAUGCCGAAGGUUAAAUUGCUUUACAGCCAAAGCACUCAGGGACACACACAUACAGAGAGAGAGAGAGAGAGAGAGAGAGAGAGAGAGAGAGAGAGAGAGAGAGAGAGAGAGAGAGAGAGAGAGAGAGAGAGAUAUUUAUGUCACUUUGAGGACAUUACAGAGAGAAACUUUAUAUUAUAGUAGGACCUACUGUGAAAACCACUGACCUCUGAUAACCCUUUCUUUCCACUCAGGGACACAAUGUUUGUCCUAAAUUAGAUGGGAAAUCAGACUUACUUCACAUAUUGAACCCUUUGAAAUGCUAAAAAGAUUAAACAUUUAACUUUUGUAAUAAUUUCCCACGAUGUGAAAGUCUAUGCAGCAGUGGUUUACAGCACAGGGUCCCAAAGAAAAGAGGGAAGCGUGUGAAUUUUGGUGCUUUUCAAAUGACUCAGUUGAUCCAAGGAAAAUAACUGGCUAUUGCGACAACAGUUUUCACAAGUAUUACUGCAAAUCUGCCAAUUCUAUGCUAUAAAAUCAAAGUGAUAGACAAAGAUUCUCAGUCAGGUAUUCCCUGACACUGCAUCACGUCAUCAACAGGUCCUCUUUGUGAUGUGUAUUAAUUUGGCAUAAGGGCGAGAAUAACUGAUUUGAGUUUUAGGACACUGGUCCAUCGUAUAUCUCAUAAAGAGGUCUGUUAGACACACAAGUCUAGAAGUGUAGAGAGUAACAGAGUUAGCCCCCUUCUCCCUUUUCCCGUAACAUUGCUGUCAGUCUCUAUCCAGCCACCGGGGUGCCAGAGGUGGCUCGGUUUGGGUGUGACGUCCCUCACCACCCAUCCAUCACUUCAAACCGCCUUUAUUCAGACACUGGCAGGGGUGAAAUCUGUGUAAUUUGCUCUUAAAUGCCCCCUCCUCUAUCCAUGCCAGCGACAGGCGUGGUCACCAGGACCUGAACAAAGAUGGCCCCUCUUUGCCUCAUUAAGUCACUUCAUUAAGACUGCCAGCCUCCCAGGAAGACUGAGGCAGGACCAGCUCCAGUUAAUGGAUCAAAUGACGCAGGCAACUUUCUUAGAGCCAGUGAAAGUACUGAGACUCUUGAGGAGAAACUGGAGGCCUCGUGAAGCCAACUUAAGCGACCAAAGCCAUGGAAACAGACCGAAAAACAGGCAGACAGAAAGAGCAGAAAGUUUGUCUGCAGCUAAAGAAAUAGUAUGCCACAUUGGUCACACGUCUCCCUCACUCUGAGUGGUCUCAGUUGUGUCAGCCUGGUUGCAGUUUCAAACAAGCCGGCAUUUUAGUUUUUGCUAUGCUAAUGAGCUAGAAUAAAUAGCAAAGUAGGGGUAUUUAAAGGCCCUGAUGUCCUACGACCCCACAGGUGUAUUAAUUCUGCAACUAACUCUACUGUUCCUCACCUGUCUCCUUAUACAGGACCCUCGCACUCCCAACUCUCCCUCCCCCAUCCUCACCUCCUCCUCCAUCACCCCCUCCAACCAGCCUCCCUACUUCUCCCCCUCCAUCUCCCUCUCCAACACCAUCUCAGAGGCCUUGUUGUCGUCCCUGCAGAGGGAGGAAGUGGGCUUUGGAUGAGACGUCUUGUCAGUGUCACUGCACCAUCAGAGCUGAGAGCUGCAAGCGUAAAAACCUGCGGCUCAACCCCCAGCGCUGCAGGUCAGUCAAGAGAAAACUAUUUAUUACUAUUUUUGACGUAUUUUUGACCACAUGUUUGUAUCAAUAUGUGAACAAAAGAUAAAGACAAGGCUGGAUACUAAAAAGCAGGUGGUUGUCAAUGCUCAUUGUCAAGGAAUCAAAUGUACAUGAAGAAGAUGUUUUUUCUCUGUCUUAAGAAUUUGUGCAUCUUUCUAAAAAGUUAUCCAAAAUGCAUUUCAAAUGAAGCUCUUAAAUGCACUACAAGUUGCAGAGAUGCUGACCAGCUUUGAUACAGUGAAGUCCUCUGUUGGAAGUAUGAAGUGUGGCAGAGAGGAUUCAAUGUGAUAUCUUUAAAAAGGCACAUUAAACCCUGAGUUUCUCUCUCUGUGAUUAUAAUAGAGGUUCUUACUGGAGUUUUUAUUGAAGGAAAUUGGCCAAUAGCUCUGUGACUCAGAAACAAAGCCGGUGAUGACAGUAAUAAGACUCCUUAGAUCAGAUCUUCAUCUGAUAUAACCAUGCAUCAUCAUUUUAUUAGGAUGGUUGAUGAAUCUCACUCAGUUUACCAUAAUCUUAUGGUAUCCUGAGACAUUAUGCUCAAACUGGGAAACUCAAACACUCCUAUAACUUCAUGCUGCUGUGUCUUUGUGUUAUGUGUAUCAAAAUACACAGAGAAUCUGACCAAUCAUAAUGACUUCAACGUUGCCUGAGUUAUCUGUACACUCUAAAAACCCCUUUUAACCCAACAUGAGGGUUGAAUAGGGAUCGACUACUUAUUGGGUUAUUUUAACCCAGAAUGCUUGGUUAUUCAAAUUAACCCAAAUUUUGGGUUGACUCAAUAACCCUUUUUAAUGGUCAAGUUAACCCAAUGUUCAAGUUAAUUUGACUCAUGAUCCUGGGUUAAAUUGAUAUAUGCAUUUGGGGAGCUUUUCUUUUACAACCUGUACCUUAUUUUCCCAUGUACUUUUAUCUAACUGAUUGUAGACCAUAGUGUUAAGGGUCUUGUCUAAGGACCCACACUGGUGGAUAUAGUUCGCUCCUUACAGAUGUGUCUCUAGUGGGAUUCAAACUCCAACCCCCCAGAUGUUCUGACCCAAUUAUUGGGUUACUCUUAGAAAAAUAAUCCAUAAUUGUUAACCCAUUCAAAAAACUAUCAAAUUGAGUUACAACAGAAUCCAUAUGACCCAAGAAAUGGGUAUGGAUCUGAAAAAUAACCCAGAAAUUUAGCUCAACACGUAUAACCCAGGUAUUGGGUUGAAGAAAUAACCCGAGAGUUUUUAGAGUGUAACUGAGCUGUCACUGAAGAACUCCUGAAGGACAUUGUGCCAUGUUUUGAUUAAAACCACAUAUCUAAACAUCCAUUAGCUAUCAUCAAUCAACAGUCUGGUAAUCCAACAGUGUCUCACAACACUUGUAAAAGAUAUUAUUGCCUUCAACCACUUCCUGGCAAACACUAAUGUUAGCUGAGAGGUAGCUGAAUGUUAUCAUUUGCUAUUUCUGAGUAAUAACGGGUUAUAAAAUUGUUGUUUUAACAUUUGAACCAUAUAAUGUCAUUGGGAAAUCACCAUCACAUGAAUUUGAUCAAUUCUUCUAUUUUUCUCUGGUAUACAUCUCUUUUUUGUUUGUAUCUAUUCUUCUUCUGUGUAUCUAUCUGGAGAUGGUUUUAAUCCAAAAAUUAACUCUCCCGCUGUUUUUCAGGAUUCCACAUUAAACCCUCAAUUUCUGUUCUGUUAACUGUUCCAGGUGUGAAGCCGCAAGGACUUGAUGAGCCCGUCUACCUUCUUCACCCUCCAUUUCUCCACCAACCCUGCCGAUUCAUCGCCCACUCUCAGCAUCAGUGCCAUAAAGCACACAGAUGAACAUCCAGAAGCUCAGACAACUAUCGGAAAUAUUAUCAGAAGCACACACAAGAACCUUGGGUAGCAUUCUAGUUUAGUAUCAAGAGCAGCUUCACAGCUGAAUAUAUAGUAGACCUACAUAUGUGUGUAUGUGUGUGCAACCAAACAUCUUAUCAUCCCUUGUCUGCCCACGUGUGUGAGCAGACAUGUAGAGCUACAUAACUCACUCCAUGAAUGGAAGGAAUGGAGGUGUGAAAUGGCAGCACAGCAGUGUUUAUGAGAGACUAAAUCUUUCUUGGAGUAAGCCAUUGAGCGUGGGACCACAUUGCCAUGGUUUGGAGGUUAAAGGACUAUGAGAAGUGCUUCUGGUCUGCAGAUACAAGAAAGCAGCAGAAACACUCUUGAUCUACGCUAAAAAAAUAACAAAGGAUAUGAAGAGGACUGAAUUUCAUUGGCAGUUUUCAUUUCUUCAUUUAAGGAUAAACUGCACAUGGAGGUGGUUGAAGUGGAGGCCACUUCUUGUGCUGAUGAUCUAAACAUGGCCACAGAUGACAGAUGGACACUUCCACAAGGACAUGGGACACAUAUUCUCGCUGAAUGCUGGGAGGUGAGUGCAUUUGUGUGGUCUCCACGCUGAAAGACCCAGAUGGGAUAUCCCUGCAGCCGUCCUCUCUCAUUCAAAGCGUCUGACCACGGGGCUGGCUGUCCAAGCCGAUUUCCAGCAUUUGUUUAAUUUGGAGCUUUUGUCUCCAUCUUUUCUGGGCUCCUGGACUGAAAGCAGUCGCUUUGCCUCUCUUUGCAUCUCUUUUAGGCAGUGAGGAGAAUGACAAUAAUGAGGGGGCUGGCGGCUGUCCACUGCUUCACACACAAACAUUCACACUUAUAAUACCAGGAACACAGACAACACUGCUAAUGCAGACACACACAGGCUCACUCACUCUGUGCUAUAGCAAGCACACACACAUAUGCAUUCACACACAUCAUGCAAUGUGAAAUGAAUGCAGGUAGCCAUAAGCUUUUGUUUUAUGUCAGUAGUUUAUACUUGCAAUUUCCUGUAAAGUCUUCAUUUGAUAUUGUACAAUAUGCCUCUGUUUUUUAUUUUAUUAUAAUUGUGUCGAGAUGAUUGAAAAGAUAUCGUGUAUAUUGCAGAAUGUGUCUUUGUUUUUCGUGUUCAUCUUUAAUCUGUCUGCAUAAAGAGUCACGCUGGGUGGCCGUCCAUGAGCACAGCAUCUUAACUGAUACUCAAAGGUAUUGAAUUUAAACAGAGAGGGCUCACACAGGCCACAAACGGGAGACUAUAUACAUUAUAAUGUGUAACUCAAACAAUCAGUGGGGCAGUGUCGUCCACUGCAGCAUACACAAACCAAGCAAACAGCCAUUCCCAGUGCACUGAAAGGAAAACAUGUCUGUUUUUGUUGCAUGUCAGAGCUAGGAUGGAAAGAGUAUUAUUCAUUUGGAACAUAACUUGUUUAUAUUCUGACUGAAUCUCACGGUUUAACUCCAUGUUAGUUCAUGACUGCUUGGCUGCUGGGUGGCACAGGGAUUUGAACUGUGACCGUUUUAGAAAGGAUGAGGUCUAGAGCAGCUUGUCAGUCAGCGUGGCAGGCUAAACCCAAAGCUCGGAGGGCCUAUUAUGGUGGGUCACACAGUUUAAACCCAUUUUGACUCUCAUUCAGACCCUUUGCCUUGUGCUCAACCUUACUGAGAGCAUUUAACCUGUGACGUCUGAGCUCUGACAAACAGUAGCUGUGAAAGUCCAUGAUUUAUGCCUGCUCUCCCCCCUCAGAUCCAUACGAUCCUGCUGACUGACACAGCAGUCCAGAGUCUGAAUUAUUUGUGUCAGCCUCGAGCAAAAGAAAUGUGUUUCAGUGGCUGCUGUGAUAAGCUCUGUAUUUCCUUUUUCUAAGUUUAGAUUAUUGUAUUUCAUGCAGAGCCACUUGUUCAGUGUUUAUUUUUACUAUUGAUCAAUGCUUCAAUCACUACCUCUAUAUCGCAACGUAUUAAUGACCAAGUAUCAAAGCAUUGUUGUCACUUUCUCUAUGGCAUUACGAUGCUCUUUUAAGCAUUUGAUUUCUACAUCAAGCAAUAACUAUGAUCUCCAGUGUUGCUAUGUGGAGUUAAAGCAGAUCUAUAGUGAUGGUCACCAGUUUAGAGGAACCUAUAGGAGUUUUCUUUGUGUUUUUUUAAAUAAUCUAAAGGGAAAAAGUCUCAUAAGAGGAGAAAAGGAGAGGGUUUCCUGAUGCAUUUUUAGCCUUUAGUCUUGAAUUUCCUGCAUUGCUGCGAGAUAGCUGAGAUUGAUACCACCCUCAUGACUUCUACAAUUCAUUUAGCCUAGCAUAGCAAUAAUGUAGCACUGUAGCAGCACCUCAAAACCCCACUAGUUAAUGAAUAAGUUUCUUUGGAUUAGUCUGUUUGAAAACCAAAUCAUGAAAACGGCUAAGAUGUGGCUUCAUGAAAUCUCUACUUGCCACCAGAAAAAAUUAAAGCUUAAACUUAAUUUACGUUUUGAAUUUUGUACAGUUGAAAAAGCAGGGUGACGGUAUUCAUUAAUGAGUGUACGAUGUGUUGGCAGGUGUAUUUUAGUGCUUUUGCAUUGAGCUAGGUGAGCUGUUUCCUCUCAUUUCCAGUCUUUAUGCUAAGCUAAGCUCACUGCCACUGGUCCUGCCUGGUAAUUUUUAGACGGACUUUAGAAAGCCUUACGAGAAACAAAUAAGCUCCUGGCCCAUCAUUUUAUCAGUUCAUUUAUGUUUAUUCCCCCCACAGCUAUCUCGUCUUGUGGAUCCCAUCAUUCCUUUUAGAUGAUAUUGAAAUUUGUUUGAUUUUGUAGUUUUAUUUUCUGAUGUUCUGAUGUUCUAUGUAGAGUUUAAUCCGUAAAAAAACCAAAGAGUGAUAACGACAAAGUUGUAUCAUAGAGGAUAUUUUUUGCCAAAUUAUUUGAAGAUUUAGGACAGGCAGAGACUCCAGGUAGUCAGUCCUCCCAGACAAGAUAUAGUACAGCAUGCUACUCAUAACAACUUGAUUUUGUAAAGACAGAAAAAGCUAGAUGUAAAGGAUUAUCUUUAGUGAGCCUGAGAGGUGCUGGUAGGCAGGUUUUGGUGUUUCCCUUAUAUCCAGUGUUUAGACUAAGCUAAGCUAGGCUAAGCUAAGCUAAGCUAACUGGUUGCUGAUGUGGCUGGAGGAUUUACUGGACAGACUGGAAAGUGUUAUCAAGCUCCACAUCCUGCUUUUUGCAAAAACAAACAAAAAAGUCCCCAAAAGUUAUCCCAGUCAUUAACAGUUUUAUCUCAUUUUUAGCCAAUUACGCUCACGUAUUUAUGAUUAUGAGAUUUUUCUGGCUAAUUUUGCAUUUCUUUUAACAAGGAAAUUGAUGUUUGGAGAAAUAGAAUGGCCCCUUAACCUCGGUGACACUGACUUUGUGUUUGAGAUAACAAACCACAUACUGUACAUUAGACACUUGGUGGGGAAAUACGUUCAAGGCAGAAGUGAGGGAGGGUAUGAACUCAGAAUGGUGAAAAAGCUCCACUCAUACAGGCAUGUACAACAUAUCAAAGACAAUCCAUCUCAAAGUGUUGUGCUACUAAGAUGAGAUUUUUGUGAACCCUUAGAACUCUUUAAGUGACCACAUUUAAGUCUGACCAAUAAAAGGAAAUAUAUCAGAUCAAUCAGAAAGCAUUGGUACCCCAAUUGUUAAGCGUCGUAACUGUGUCUGAAAUACAUCUUGAAUGUCCUACUAUCUCAUUCAGAUGUCCUGAUCCUGUGUCAGUGUUAAACAUCAGUGUGCUUGUAUCUGCACAAUCUACUGUGUACUUCGAAGCUAGCCAUGUCUAGCCCCCCAGUGUCUUAGCCUGUAGAAACCCCUGACUAAACUAUAUAACAUUUUAUAACCUCUAAUAUUCAUCCAUAACCUUGUGUAUGACAUCCUGCAUACUUUAGAAAUGUAUUUGUAUUUUAUUUAGCUGAACCUUUGCAAUGAAUCUCCUCUCUGCAAAUAAAUUAUACUACUGUAGCCUAUCUAUAAAGAAAAAAAACGACACUCUUUUUUUGCUGCUACACCAUUUGUGCCCUAUAAACUUGUCUUUGUAGAAAACAAUGCAGUUUUAUGUUGUGGUAGAAUAUAAAUGCCAAUUAAUAGAUUCAAUGUCCACCUAUAAGUGUAUACUGCAUUGUCAAAUGUAUUGAAAUGAUACCAGGAUACAACCGUGAUGUUACAGAUGUUAUUAAAGGAAAUGUCUUAUUUUUCAUAUAAACCCUAUUGUGUUCUUCCUGUCACUGCUUAUAUGUGCUGCUGUCUACAUUUCAUGUCCCCAUCUCCCCUGUCAGUUUGUUUGAAUGUCUCCUGUGACAGUAAUGAAAAAUAAACAGAAACUUUUGAUUACAGUGCCACCCUGGGAGGCUGGUACAGAGAGGGUGUGUGUGAUGUGAGGUGGUGUUAUGAGACACAAUAUUGUUUCCUCUCCUCCUCUCAUUUGUGCUGCUGAGUCAGAAGUUGGUCGAGUACAAAGCUGUGACGACAUAAGCAGGGUGGCAUCAAGUCUUUUUUGUCAAGUACAGUAACAAAUCAUUUUGGGGCUACUUUAUACUUCUACUUUAAUAUAUUUUGAUUGCUUUUGUUUCUACAACAAUAGAAGGUAGAUCUUUGCUAACUUUCAAUGUGUCUUAGUAGCAGAUGGUACAUUGUCAUCCUAAGGCCUAAAUAUUAAAGGCUAAGUAUGUUAAAAUACAUGUGAAUCACAUAAAAUCACAUAAAACUUUAGGCCCGUACCAUCGAACUCAAAAUCUAACAAACAACAUUAACAUGAUUAUCAAAGUUAGCAUAAAUUAAAGCGGGCAAUUGUCUCCAUCUUGACCAGUUGAAAGAGUAUUGUAUGGUAUCGCUUGUAUUGUAUCUUAUUGUAUUGUAUCGUAUAUCAUAUCGUAUCGAUUGUAGUGUAUCUUAUCAUAUGGUAUCAUAUCUCAUUGUACCAUAGCGAUUGUAUCGUAGCAAUCGUAUCAUAUCAAUCCUAUCGUACUGUACCGUAUAGUAUCGUAUUGUAUCGUACCGUACUGCACCGUACCGUAUCAUCCACUAUCCUGUCAUGUCCUAUCCUGUCCUACCCCAUCCUUAAUUCUAUCGAAGUGUAACAUAAGGUAACGGAACCUUUUGUCAGGGUACUUUAUAAUACUUCUUCUACCUAGGCCCAUCAAUAUGGCUUAAUGGGUUAUUGUAUUGUAUCCUAUCUAACUGCAUAAUGAUGCCACACUUGAUUACGUAACCGUAUAGUUCAAUAAGUUAUGCCUCCAUUUGCUGCCACUAAGGCAAUCUAGAAAUUUUCAGGCAUUAUCAUUUAAACUCCAGAUUAGGUCCAAAGUCAAAACUGCUAUAAUGACCCUCACAUUACAUGUACUAGAGUUACUGGUUGUAAAUUGAUAAUCUUGCAUGACAGUAUUAUGUUGAUGAUUGAUCCCAUGUUAAUUCUUCUCAAAUCUCCUCUCCUCCUCAUACCCCCUGAAUGUGAGGAUGAGAGGAGAGGAUGGAAGAAGAGAGACAGAAGAGCUAAAUGCUGCUGCCAACCUAUCUGUCUGGAAGGGCAUUAUGCCAGUACUAAAUAUAGCUGCAAGAUUAGGGAGAAAGAGACAGAAAGAAAAAAAAGGACAGUGAGUCAUGCAUCAUGAUACAGAGAAUAUGCCUUUACUCCAAAAUCUGCUGUAUAAUGCCCUGAGGUUUCCAGAAAUCUCAUAAUGUCAUGGGGAAUAAUAAUCAAGGAGAAGCAGGAAUAUCAUGCGGUUCUGAGGGUAUUUCUCUCUACUGAAUGCAGUGCACUUCAUACUUGAAGUAACUUACAUAAAUCUCUCUCCCUGCAUCCCGCUGCAGCUCUCUCUCCAUCUAUCUCCCUGUCUGUCUGAAUCUUUUCUCUUGUAUCAGGACUUCCUGUAUUUUUUCACCUUGCUUUCUUUGCGUUCAGAGUGAUGUUUGCCUAAUAACUCCAGCCCUGGUUUCCUCCCUGCUUUUGUUGCGGCAGCUGUGUCGAAGCAGGUACUGGACGCUAUCUGGCCUGCAAGUGUGUUUUGUUAGAUCCUAUCAGCACUCCUGUGUGUGUGUGUGUUUGUAUGUGUGCAUAUGUGUGUGUGUGUUUAAAAGUGAUGAUUGAAAGAGUGAGAGAGAUUGUAUUGAAUAGGUACGAUACCAAAAAGAGUCAUGUUUGCUGGUUUUUUUUUUUCCUUUUUACUUUAACAGACAGGAAAAAGUGUGUUUUGUAACGUCUUGUGAAUACAAAGCCUUUUUUUUUAUUUAACAGAACAAACAGAAAGUGUUAUCUCCCACAGAAACAUGGAUCCACAGGCCUCGUCUGUCAUAGUCCACUGAGGGACAUCAACCUUGAUAAAAGAUUUACAGUGUAAACCGCUGCAUGGUAAAGUAUCCAAAAAGUCAGAAAGGUUAAGGCAACACUGAAGUGUGGGCAUUAUAAACAAAAUAAGACUUCUUGAUGGCGACCCACCUCAACUGGCUCCUGUUAAUGCAAAGGAGUAAUUCCUCGACUCCUUGCUCUUGCUGCAAGUCCAAGCACUAGUCCUAUCUUUUAGGCUGAGUCCAGUCACCUUUUGCUUAUAAUAACAAACUCAAUAUUUUGGUCUCUAUCCACAGCACCUUGAUCAUAGUAGAGAGCCAGGAGGUAGAUUAACUGGUCAGUUACAAGUGUUGCCUUCAGGCUUUCAUCCCUCUUCCCAAUAAUGACCAAUUACAACACCCACGAUGCAUAAAUGUCACGAACGGACCUUGAUUUAUGAUCAAAGAUUUAUGACACUCUAGUCAAUAUUUGUGCAGAUACUCUAAAUUCUAAUCCAUAAAUUUUUACCUCAUGUUGGCACUAAACAACCAACACGGCUGUUCCCAAAGUUGUAUCGGUAUCAUUGCUAAAAUUGGAUUUAAUUAAAAAAAAUAGCAAAAUAAUAAUCAACUAAAUUUGAUUUACAAGUGCAUGCAAAGCUAAAGUGAAUAGAGAUAAGAUGAUGAUGAUAUUUUUUCUCUGAAUCUGAAGGAGAAACUGUUCCUCCUGACCUGGUGUGGGUAAUUUUGUGCGAAAGAGCUAUUAAUGUGUGAAAGCACAAAAGAGAGUGUUUUCUGAGGCAGAGAUAAGUACUGUAGAUUACUCUUGGGUAUAAAAGGUGUGGGUGAGUGUAGAUGAAAUGGUGGUGCAGGGCACAUGGUUUUUGUGGUUGAGGGUCUGCCGGGUAAGUGGGUGGGGGCAUAGUUGUGGUCUGGGCAUGCUCGGUCCUGUCAGGUGGAGGAUGCGGGUACCAGUAGGAGUGAUUGGAGAUCAGAGAGGCGACUGGAUGUUAUCUCUCCAUCCAAACCAUACUUUCAGGUCGACUCAUCCGAGGCAACAGCCAGUCCCCCUCUCUGUCUGUCUGCUCAUUCCUCCUCCUCCUCCUCCGCUGCUUUUAACACAAGGGUUUGUUCCUCCUGCAUUGACAUAACACCACUACUGACACAUUUAGCCCCAUUUCAUCAACCUGAACGGCAGCUUUCUUUCAACGUGUUCUUUUGAUGAUACUACAGGUGCAUCUUCUGCUGGUAAUUUAGUCUAAAUCACCAUCACCAUUGUAACUUCUUUCCUAUCUGAUUCUGAUAUUUAAGCACCAAAACGCUUAAAUCCAAAUUUUUUGGAAGAAUGCCCUUAUCAUCUGAGUACACUAAAACCUGCUUGACAAAAUGAUUGUUUUUCAGUUAAAUAAAGUGAUUAUACAUGACAGUGGAGAUAAAUGUGUAGCUAUUUUUGGUAGCUUCAAUCAGUGCUGUUAUAUAGUAGGGUUCAGUCAUAACUAUUACCUGUUAUAUAUUAAGAAGAAGAAGAAGAAGAAGAAGAAGAAGAAGAAGAAGAAGAAGAUCAUCUGAAUCUUUCUGUCCUGCAGCGAAGAGAGAGGAGCCGUCCACCAACAUUGGCUCUUUGGUCCAUCAAGGUGUUGUGAAGUGGGUGAUCCAUGUUCUUUGGAAUAGUCUCCACCUUCCUCAGUGUAGAUCUCUCCACCACAUCCUCCACUGAGUCCAGCUUGAGUCCUGCCACAGAGCCAGCCUUUUUCACCAGUUUGUUAAGACGUCUUGCAUCUUUGUGUUUGUGUUUGCAUCUUUUGCUUAUUAGGAUAAACAUCUUGCAUCAGAUCUGGGUUAAAAUGUAAAUAAGGUGUCACAUCUUGAGCUGCUGCCCCAAGGCCCUGUGAGAGGGGAGGUAUACAUGGUGCCAUGACCAGGUUCUUAGGGCUGUGGCUGACACCCUCUGCACAGGACUCCAGCAAAGCAAACACUAGCUCCCGUUGAGGCACAACAUCCUCUUCAUCAGGGCAGGAGAGAAACCUCAGAGAGAGCGCAAGGCCCCAACUGGGCUGCUAGCCUCAGCUCGUGACUGGGGACUGAAGGUGGACCUGGGGAGGAAGCUGAAGUUUCCAGAGCACAUCGCCAAGACAUCACUCAGGCCAGACCUAGUCGUAACAUCUGACUCUACAAAGCAAGUGGUGCUGCUGGAACUUACAGUCCCCUGGGAAGACCAGAUGUGUGAGGCCAAGGAGCGCAAGAAGGCCAGAUACCUCGAGCUGGUGGAAGCCUGCAGGGAGAAUGGCUGGAGGGCCCGGUGUGAGCCAUUUGAGGUGGGCUGCAGGGGUUUCCCAGGGCAAUCACUGCACCGAGUACUUAAGCUGCUGGGGAUCAGAGGGUUGCAGGAGAGGAAAGCCACCAGAACCAUCAGUGAAGCGGCCGAAAAAGCCUCUAGGUGGCUGUGGAUCAAGAGGGCUGAAGCAUGGUGUAACGCUGCUCGGACACAAGUCAGGGACUGAUCACCCCCGGCUGGGUCGCCCGGGUGAGGGUGUAUGAUGAUCCAAGACCCGAAACACCCUAUGACCCUGGGUUUGUCACUGAGAAUGUGUCCGAGCUGCACCAGUAGGGUGUAUGAAUAACUAACUCAAAGGUAGCAUAAAAGAACUCCAUCAGUGCUUAAAACAUCUGUCAAUUCAAGCUGAUCCAGAUGCUUUAUUUUGUAUAAAACAGGUCACAUGCCAUUGGACUAUAUUUAGAUUUCUUAAAACAGGAGAACUGCUUAUAUAAAAAAAACCCUGCCUUAAUGGAUUCAAACACAGUGAUUAUUCUGCUUCUCUGCAGCCAUUGCACACAGCAUACAGUGACUUCUUUAACCUUUUGAAUUAGCACACACCUGUGGUUAUGUAAUUUUCGUGUAUGGGAAAGCUGUACACAAUGUACAGACAGGGAGUGAAUGACAGUUACAACAGGCCAGGCUGAUUAUCCUUCACUGUGGAAUAUCCCCAAUGAAUAAAACCAUCAGUGUUUUACAAAAUUCAUAAAGCAAACAUGUAUGAUUAAAAGUUUACCAACAAUCACAACUCCAAUUCUGCCAAGACAUACUCUUUGUGAAUCUUAAAAAUGUAGAGUUGGGGUGCUGCUAUUUCUCUUAGUAUGUUAUCUGUAAAGCCUUGUUGUGGUUUGAAAGCUAAUAUCUGUCUUCGUUAUGCCAAAUGAACUCAAUUGUAGACCACUAAUUAAUACAGACUUCUGCACUGUGCUAAAACCAUGGCGUGUGGCGCCCUCUAGUGGAGGUGAGUUAUGCCUGCAGGGGUUUUCCAACGAGGAAAGUAGACGUGGCAAGUGACGUGUAUACCGGAAAUGACCCGGAUCGGAACUUUAACUCCUGGGUUGAUUAGUUUUCACCAGAAAGAUCGACGCUACUCCGAAUGAUGUAAUAUCGACUGAGGUGAGUUGAAACGGAUCGAUUUUUGUCUUUUGAGAAGGAUUAACCGUAAAGCGGUCGGUUUCUGUCGAAUUCGGUCAGAGUUGUGUUAAAAAAAACAGACGGUUAGUAAAGAAGCCCGGUUAGCUCGCUGUGUUAGCUGCCGUUAGUUAGCCUGUGGUUAGCCGCCGGUGCUCUGCUCCUCAGGCCGUGAUCAGCUGUCUGUCGUGAUGGGCGGCCUGUCCACAGCGCUGGCCCUGAAUUUAGCACCAAAAAUUCACCUUCGUAGACAAAUAUCAAGUUUUUUAGCGGUUUCUUUGUGAAUCAAGCGGAUGUUGUUUGUUUAACGACGGUAGCGGAGUCCUCUUUAGUCGGGGUUUUGGUUGAAGAGAUCCGCGCCGUUAGUUAGCCAACACGGAGGCUUUUAACCUGAAACCGAAAACAACAAAACAAUGCGGUGUUUCUACUCUUUACUGUUUAAGUGACUGUCACAAGAAUAUAAAAAUGUUUUCCAUAAAUAUGUUUAUUAAAUUUCCAAGAACACAUGACGAAAAACAAACAUGCAUUUGGCUCACACACACACAUUUAGGUUCAAAUAUAUACAGGCGAGAGAUUCAGGAGUCAUCUUAUACAAAUAAAAUAAGUAAAAUAAAUCAAGUGUACAUUGCCAUAUAUAAUACGUUCAUAUUCUCAAAGGAAGGUACACAGAGGCAAAAACAUCAACCAAAUAGGACGUCAUUUUCGAGGUAGCACGUCCAGAGCUAUGAUACAAAUCCUCUCAUAAGAAUGGUAGAGAUAUGUUAACCAACAUAUGACUGAAAGGGUUCCCAUGUUUUACCAAACACAUCAUCUUUGUUGUGUAGUUGACACGUCAGGUAGUCCAAUGCUGAACCUCGGCUGGGACUGUGUUUGAUGGAGUUUCCUUCUAUUUUUAUCAGUGAUGGACAGAUCAAAUAUGCCAAGUAGCAAACAUAAAGGAUUGUUUUUUGUAUUAGUUGUAUUUACAAAUAAUUUUUGUUUACAUUCUUUUCCCCAGACGUGUUUACAAGUGCCCAUGAAAGACACCCCACCUUGGAUGUGAGCCCACCCCCUUGUACCUGAGGUCUUCAUAUCGAUCAGUCACACAAAGCAGAAGAGAAGGACUUAACUUUCCCAGCUGUUUUCAAGUCUUUUGACCCCUUUGCUGGCGGCAGAAUGACGUGCCGGGACCGGACACUUGAGUUCCAGUCGGUCUGUAAAUCUCUCCAGGGCAGACCGGUAUGUUGGCACAGAGCACCUGUUAUCAUUCAUAUAACAACAAGAGAAAACCACUUGGUGUUAAAUAGGAAUUCAGAUCCAUCUUUUAAGAGUUUAUAAACCAUAUAAACUUUCGCUUUCACUAUUGGUCUCUUCUUGUUUUCUCUUCACAUCUUGGAUUAAGUUAGCUACAAGUACCUGAAUCUGCCAAUUUCCAUUUCAAGGUUUCUCCUCACCACCUGUUGGUAAUAGGUGCAUUAACUAUUAUGAAAGAUAAUGGUAGCUGGCAGUCACCCUGCUAUAACAGUGUACUCGCCAAUAUUUGUAAUGACAGUAUUGUAAAUGUCAGAAAAAGAUUAUGUGCUGUUCAGAAAUGCCACAGACAAUUUUAUAAAAGCCUAAUUAAUGACAUUGUUUGUCCACUACUGUUUAUUUUUUAAAAUAUGUAUAGUUUGAAUAUUUUAAUGACUCAGUGAGAAAAUACUGUGAUCACAGUUCUUUCAAAUCCUACUCAUCUUUAUUCUUAAUGUUGACCAGAAUCUAUGUGACCGUGGCAGUGUUAGCCUAUUAUGUUUUAACUUUUCAGACUAGUUUUAACAUUUAGUUGGAUUUGAUAAUCUAACACCAUGUUGAUUACAAUCCCAAGUAACCAGUCCUUACAGAGCCCCAUUACUCAAGAGUUUAUGUUAUAUUCCUUAUCAUUCUUGGACUGUAUAAACUUUCAUUUUCACUUUUGGUCUGUUUUUGUUUUCUUUUCACAUCUCUGGUUAAGUAACUUGAAUCUGCUGAUUUCCAUGUCAGGAUUCCUCCUUACCACCUGUUGGUAACAGAAUUCAAACCGUGGAUUUGAUAAUCUAACGUCAUGUUGAUUACAAUCUUAAGUAACCAGUCCUUUACUAACCCCAUUACUCAGUCUGACCAUCAGUCCAAAAAUACAUUUUUACAGGUUAUUGAUUAUAAUACAACAGAAGGAAAAGUAUGAUGUUUAGAAUUUUUUUUUUUUUUUUCACAGCUACCCAACAGCCUGUUAUUCUGAAAUCAAUCAUGUAAUCUCCCUCUUAUGUAUCUCCCUUGCUAGAAUGGAGUCCAGCCCAGUAAACCAGCUCUCAAUGCGCUCAAGCAGCGCAGUGACUUCACAGUUAUGGCCAAGUAAGUUCCUCAUAGUCUCAGAUAUUUACUGAAUGUGUCUAUUGCGCUGAUUGUUGUAUUGAACCAUCUACAUUUAUGCAUUUUACCCAUUCUAUCUUUGUUGUAACAAGCAAACUUGCCAAAUAGCUGAAACUUGGUUUCUUUGGAGAUAAAACAGCUCAAAUAUUUCCCUCUAUAAUGUAACCAUGUGUUACCCAAAAUGCCUGUCUUCUUUUUAAGUGUGUGCAUGGCAAAGGGCGCUAAAUUUUUUGUCCAUUUCUUUGCAGGAGAAUCGGAAAAGACCUGAGUAAUACAUUUGCCAAACUGGAAAAGCUCACUAUCUGUAAGUGUCCCUUUAAUGGCACAUUAGCGUGAACUGCUCUGAAAACUUUGUUUGCUAAAAAACCAGAUUUUCUGAUUUAUGUGCUGUUUUUUGAUGUUUUAGUGGCAAAAAGAAAAUCUUUAUUUGACGACAAGGCAGUGGAGAUUGAGGAGCUAACCCAGAUCAUUAAACAAGUAAGUCAACUCUACUAUUUGAAAUAAAUAUUUAAUAUCGAUCACGAAUAGUUUCAACAAAUACCUAACCGUUUUCUCUCUUGUGUUUGUGCCUUUAGGACAUCAACAGUCUAAACAAACAGAUCGCACAGCUGCAGGACUCGGUGAGGACCCGCAACACUCCAGGUGGACGACAUAUCCAAACCCAUUCGAACACUAUAGUGGUGUCAUUACAGGUAUUGUAUGAUUUACACUUUGUUCAACAUAUUGCUCACGAUCUAGUUAAUCAUGGUCAUUUUAAUGCCCAAUUUUAAAUUAAUACAGUUGUUGUCCGCUCAGAAGUGUGUGGUUGAGUUCAGUCACACUGAUUUUACUGUCUCUUCUGUUGUCUGCAGUCUAAACUGGCUACGAUGUCCAAUGACUUCAAAUCAGUCCUAGAAGUCAGAACAGAGGUGAGAGGUGUUUUGGUGUUUUCUGUCAUUAAGGGCAGAAAAUACUUUGACCAAACUUGUAUUUGUUUAAGUGCUCUCAGAUCUGACAGUUACUUCUCUUGUCUGCAGAACUUGAAGCAGCAGCGUAGCAGGAGAGAGCAGUUCUCCCAGCCUCCUGCCUCAUCUUCUCCUCUGAUGGCCAACAACUUCAGUAAGUUUACCCACACUGCAGAUUCACUUCUCAUGUAACUUUAACAGUGGUCUUGUGUUUAAGCAAAGGCACCUGCAGGUAAACACAGCAUGCUGUUUUGGCUUCAUACACGUGUUCACUCUAUAAGGAUAUUGGUCCCAUUCACAGUUUGAACUUAGUAACAAACAGCAGAGAAUUUGAUAUUUAGAUCAACUGUCAGCCCUGAAUCGAUUCCAAAACUUAGUUGUGUAACUCACAAACAUGCAGAAUGAAUUACCCUCUAAAUCAAAGCUGUUGUCCUGUACAGACCCCCGAAAACAUUCCUCAGCUUCAGAAGUUAUUUACCUUUUUUUUUUUUUUUGUCUAGUCAUAUUACAGUACAUUAAAGGGAUAUUCUGGUGUAAAAUUGAUUUAGGGUCAAACACACCAUAACAUAGAGUUAGACACCCUUCAAGAGAUGAAAGUUGCAGACUGCUUGCUUCUCUAGUUAUACCAAUUUUAGUAAUGACCGCAGAUAGCAAUACACAGCAGUCUCAGGAGCCAUAAACAAACAUCAACCAAAACGCCACUCUACAGCCACAAAUAAUGCUCAGAACACCACCUAACUUCAUCAAUAGUACAUAUAGGGUCCUAGCCACAGCAGUAGCCACCAAACAUCUUUUUAACUCUAUUUCAGCGGCCACUUGUUUGUAGCGAGACCUUGGGCCAGUCCAUUAUGGACUGCUGUGGGGUGACGCAGCUCAAGGAAGAACAUUUAUGAUCAUUUCUUCAUGGAAAUGCAAUCAGACCGAGACGCUAAGGCAGAAGAACUACUGCGUCUGCAGUACACAAUGAUUUAUAUGGUGAUUAUUACUUCAAGGAAAUGAUAGAGUAAUGAUCAUAAAUGUCCUGAGGUCUCACGACAAACAAGCGGCUGCUGGAAGAGAGUAGGUGAGUUGUGUUUAGUCUCUUUGCUAAAGAAAUCAGGCAAAGUUAAAAAGAUGUUUGGUGGCUAGUGCUGUGGCUGGGACCCUAUAUGUACUGUUGAUGAAGUUAGGUGCUGUUCUGAGCAUUAUUUGUGGCUAUAGAGUGGCGUUUUGGUUGAGGUUUGUUUAUGGCUACUGAGACCGCUGUGAAUUGCUAUCGUGCAGUAGUUACUAAAGUCAGUAUAACUAGAGAAGCAAGCGGUCGGCAACAUUCAUCUCUCAAGGGGGUGUCUAACUCGGUGUUAUGGUGUGUUUGACCCUAAAUUAAUUUUACGCCUGAAUAUCCCUUUUAAGGUUUUUCUGGAAGUAACAAAAACCAUUAUAGAGUGAACACACAUUCAAUUUUUGUCUUUGUCUUGCUUUGAAGCACUUGUCAAUUUGUCUGGCUCUGCCCCAUUGAAAUCUUGGGAAUCAAAUCGCUACAUUUUUGCCAAACACUCUUUUUAGCAACGGGAGCUUAGAUGCUUCCUAUGCUUACAUUUACACUGCCAGUAAAAUGUUUCUAGACAUGAAAUCCAAAACCCUGCAUACACUGAUCUGAAUAUUCUGUGAAGUAGCAAAUAUACUUCUCAUUCAUAUAUAUAAUGAAAAUAGUGUGAAUCACUGAUAUUAUAAUGUUAACAAAUAAGUCUUCUUUAGUAGCAGGCGAUGUGCAGUUUAACUUUUUUGGUUUAACAUGCAGACCUUUUCAGGGGUUCAGCCUGUGACAUCAAAUCUUGGUGCUCAUCAGAAAUGGAUCCUAACUUCUGAGUCUUCUGUCUUUAUAGUAUCUCCGCUGGUAAAUUUGCUCAUGUUGGAGAAAAAGUGUUUUUAAUAACACUGAAGGCUCUUUAGUUCUAGUGGUCAACUUUUAAUUUCCUCAUUCGAAGUUCUUUAUAUACACACCGAGCCACAAACGCCAACGAUGAACAGAAAACAUUUGGACUGGCAGUGUACUUUUCAAAUAGCUGUUGUCAUAGUGAACUGCUCGAAAUCCUUGUGAAUGAUUAUAACUGUAUUUGGUCAUCUAUAAUGCAAAAAUCAAAAAAUAUUUUAGGGAGCCGCAAAAAAGGGGCCCAGGAGCCGCAUGCAGCUCGCGAGCAGCGCUAUGACUUCCAGGGCUCAAAUUUGAAAGGUAUUUCCCUGGAACGUUUGAAUCCACCAGCGGGUAUCACUAGCUUUUGUAUGUGCCCGCUGGAUUUUUUGCUUUACCCCAUCUUCCAUUGAGGACUUGCGUCUGACCAUGUUGAACAUGCUUGUGUGUUUGUCUUGUGCUUGUUGUGUCCCUUUAGAGAGCUCAGUUCUGAUGCAGGACGAGUCCAGGAGUAUGGGGGAUGUGGCCAUCGACAUGGACUCUCAGACCAAUCCCAUGCAGCUCCAGCUUAUUGAUGAGCAGGUAGACUUUAGUAGUAAAUCUUCAAAGUAAGGCGGGCAGUGUAAAAGUAUUUACUCUGUGUGAUUAAGAAAGAGUCAGUGAUUUGUGCUCCACUGUUUCUUUUUUUUAAACCUUUUUAUUGUGUGAUGACAGGACUCGUACAUCCAGAGCCGUGCAGACACCAUGCAGAACAUCGAGAGCACCAUCGUUGAACUUGGCUCUAUAUUCCAGCAGCUGGCAAACAUGAUCAAGAUACAGGAGGAGACCAUCCACAGGUUAGAGGGAGCUGGAGGAAACCAGUUUGUGUGCUUGUGGAGAAUGAGAAAAGAAGUCGGUUACACUUUUAUAUGCUGCAGUUCUUAUCAAACUGGACUCCCUGAAGUCAGCACAGACUUAAAACAUGCGGAAGCAGCAAACCUGUCCAAAAAUACUCAGGCACACCUUGGCACAUCAUGUUUAGUGUUUAACAAUCCUAGAGAUCCUGGCUUGAGAGUUUUGUCAGCUGUGGAUAAAUACAGGCAAGGUGAAGCUACCUAACUCCUGCUUCAUAUUGUGUAAAUCCAAGUAUAUUAAUCUGAGCAGUUCUGAUCUUUUGUUUUCGAUUCAGAGUGUAUUACAAAGCAGGUUGUUACACACACAUGCAAUUUAUCUCUGUGUUUUGCUGCAAAAACUAUAAACUCAGACAAAAAAUAGAAAAUAAAACUAUUAAUAUAAAGAUUAAAUAGAAUAUAUGAACAAGUCCUAUUGUUGCCAAUGAACCUUAUCUUUACCAAUCUUUAAAAUAACAAACUCAAAACUAUAUACAUACCAUAGUUGCAACGGAGGGCUGUACAUUUGUGCAGGAAAGUGCUUUAUUUAAAUAAAUAUAGCAAACCCAAGGGAAGUAUGUCUGCAGGUGUCAUUAUCAUCCAUUUUGGGUCAUCUGAAUAAACUGCUUCCUAAUUUCUCUUCCAGGAUUGAUGCUAACGUUGAAGACACCCAGCUGAAUGUGGAUGCUGCCCACACAGAGAUCCUCAAAUACUUCCAGUCCGUCUCCUCCAACCGUUGGUUGAUGAUCAAGAUCUUCCUCGUCCUGGUCAUCUUCUUCAUCAUCUUUGUCGUCUUCUUUGCUUAA